UCAACUUUUUAGAUUUUUCAAAAUAUUUUGGAAUUUUUCUACAAAAAAAUGUUAAACUCAUAAUAUUUUAGGCCAACACUGAACAAAAACGUCAUGUUGCGAAAUCUGAAUAAAUUGUACGCGUGAAGUUAGUACAAUCAAACGUAAUCGAUAUGACGACACGAACUUUAUAAAUGAAAGGUGCCGUCGCUGGAGCCACCAGUUGAAACGACCGAACCCAUCUUGAGAAACGUUCGGCUACAGUGAGAGCCAACGUUGAAAAACAUCGAAUUCUUCAAUACAUUGUGUUGUGUUAUUCACAUUUUUUGUUUUCCUGAGUGCUAAUACAGGAUAACAUAAAGAUGCCCUGUCCGUUUUUGGGGUCAUUGAAUCAAGCUUUUACUCGAAACUAUGGAGCUGCACUGAUGAAACAGUAUGGGAAUUUUUGUCCUGUGAUCUCUCGUGGAUUCCGCUCUCUUGGCAACGACGAAACGAAAUGCCCCUUCAUCCAGGAAAACGCUAUAGUGUCGGAGGCGCCCAAGGAGAUGUCCGAAGACAUUGUGGAGACCAUUCCUCCUUACAAGUACGAGAAGUUCUUCCAUGAUCAAAUCAGUGCCAAGAAGAGGGAUUACUCAUACAGGGUGUUCAGGAAAGUGUCUCGUUUAGCAGCUGAUGGAGUAUACCCCCAAGCUUUGGAGGGCGCUGAGAACCGCCGUGUGACAGUUUGGUGUGCUAAUGACUACCUCGGAGCUUCCCGACAUCCUGAAGUCAAAGAUGCUGCAAUCAAUGCAAUAAAAUCUUAUGGUACUGGGGCAGGUGGCACGCGUAACAUCGCUGGCAACUCCCAAAUGACUGAAAAACUUGAGGCAGAGAUUGCUCAACUUCACAAUAAACCUGCGGCUUUGAUCUUCAGUUCUUGUUUUGUUGCGAAUGAUGCAACUUUGUCAACUUUGGCCAAGAUUCUACCAGGUUGUAUUGUUUACUCAGAUGCUGGGAACCAUGCCUCAAUGAUACAAGGCAUAAGAAACAGCAGAGCACCUAAACAUAUAUUUAGGCACAACGAUCCGAACCACCUUAGACAAUUAUUGGCAGAGUCCCCUGCUGGAGUACCGAAGCUAGUCGUGUUUGAGACUGUCCACUCUAUGAGCGGAGCUAUUUGUCCUUUAAAGGAAAUGUGUGAUAUUGCACAUGAGUAUGGAGCUUUAACCUUUGUUGAUGAAGUACAUGCAGUUGGGUUGUACGGGAAGCAUGGUGCUGGCAUUGCAGAAGAGAGAGGGAUCCAAGAUAAGAUAGAUAUAGUGUCUGGAACACUUGGGAAGGCCUAUGGGAAUGUGGGCGGCUACAUUGCUGCAUCAUCCCUCCUUGUGGAUACAAUUAGAAGCUAUGCCCCAGGGUUUAUAUUUACUACUGCACUGCCUCCACCUGUGUUAGCUGGCUCUUUAGCUGCUAUUAGACUCCUUGCUAGCGAGGAAGGGAGAAACUUGAGAGCCAAGCAUCAGUCUAUAGUAAGAUAUCUGAAGUUGUCUCUGCUGGUAGCUGGUCUACCUCAGUUGCCUUCAGUGAGUCACAUUGUACCUGUUCCUAUAGUGGGUGCAGAUAAAGUGGCACUUGUGGCCGAAUCCCUCAUGAAGAGAGGACAUUACGUACAGGCGAUAAACUACCCUACAGUGGCGCGUGGGGAAGAGCGGCUGAGGUUCGCGCCGGGGCCGUACCACACGCCUGUCAUGAUCGACAGCCUCAUCACUGCCCUCACUGAAGCAUUCCAUGAAAAUAAUAUAGGAUUCAACGAAUUUAUGAAAAAUGGCACCUGUCGUGAAUGCAGCAUGGAGUACAAGGUUGAUUUCAACCUUGACGACGUGCAGUACACGGCGCAAGUAGCUUAGCCUUGGCCAAACCAUGACAAUCGCGCGCAACAUGAGAAAAAGCUAAAAAAUAUGUUAAUCGGUGUUAUAUAGUUUAUUGAGUUAUUUUAUGGUUCGUGGUUCUUGGUAGGGGUUAAAUUAAAUUCGUGGCAAAUGA